CCAGGUACGUAGAUGUAGUGGCUGUUUAUAUGAGGUGAUGGUGGCACCUGUGUACCUGAGCUGGCCCAGUUUUGGUGAGAUCGUCACUUUGUUAUUAUUUUCUAUUUCAGCUUGUGUUUUACUUUAUAAUAUAGAACUGAGCUGGUCCUUUUUGGGAAUAUAGGGGCUUUGGUGGCGAAGUAGUUAGUGCACUUGCCUUUCACCUCUAUAUAAGGCUGCAAGUUCAAGCCUCAGUGAGAACUUUUUCAAUGCGACUCAAACCCAGUCCUCAUGUGAAAACAGUAAUGUCAACACUCUGCGGAAAGUCGUGCGUUUUCUCUGGGUACUUCGGUUUCCUUCUACAGGGGAAGUUGACAGGGUGGGUGAGAUAAAAUGGCCAACAGUAAUUGGCAUAUGCUGUUGUGGUGACCCAUUAAGCUGUACAUAGAGUUUGAGCUUCCCAAUUGACGAGUAAAAUCGUUUGGCCAGAGGUGUAACUUAACACUUGUCCAGGGCAAGUGAAUAUCAUGAUGGGGAAGUAAACACUUUAUCUUGCUUGCCCAAUUGGACAAGUUGGUUUGCCACAAAAAGCUGGGCAUCUUUAAGUUUAUGUUUUCAUUGUCGGAUAUAAUUUGUUUUAUAGUGCAUGGACUUGAUUCAAAUUUUGCUAUUCGUGGACCAAAGCUAGAUCUGAGGCAGUAUAACAGCCAUAUAGAGCUCAGUGGGAGAAUGAGUUGACAUGUUGUCCUCUUAAUUUAUACCCGCUACCUAGACACCCCAAGUGGCCAUUGUCUGAUGGCAAGUGGAUUUUAUUCAGGGCAACUUAUUUUCAUGACCAACUUGCUCUGAGUGCAAGUGGUCAAAAAAGUAAAGUUACAGUACAUCACUGCUAGCGGUAGGCAAGUAAAUAAGAUAAGUGGGUCACACUGGGGCAAAUUGCGUCUCAAUGGGUUAACUAGAGACAUUGUCAAAAUGCUGUGCUGAGUGGUUAUAUUACUACCUUAAAAAAUAAGCAGAAACUCGACGUUUCCAGCGAAGGCCCUUCGUCAAGAGUUAGUAGCCAAAGAAUUUUUGGUUAACCCUUUAAGCUGCAGAGCUUCCUCACUGACGAGUAAAAUCGUCUGGCGUUAAACAAGUAAAAAAAUAAGUAGGGCGUACUGGGGCGCAUUGCAGCUCGAUAGAUUACAUUUCGAAACUGUCUGCAAAAGUAUGAUGUCGGUUUACUUUAUUCGAAAAUGUGCUUCUAUGAUACAACUCAGUCUCGGUGAUUUGUUUUGGCAAGCCUGCCAAUCUAAAGAGGCUCAUGUAAACAGACAUGCAUCCAGCGAAAGCGAGCUAUAGCCAGGUUAGUUACCUAGGCUGGCUUGCCUCUAUAUAAUCAGCCCCUUACACAUGUUUUAGGCUGACUGAUAGGAGGGUUACCAUUAUGAUAGCAAGUACAUGCCAUACAUUUGGUAAUAUUGGGAAAUGCUGUCUACAUGCUAUUUAUCUGAAUAUAUAUACUAAAACUGUCUGUAUCAGUUUGGGUAGUACCAAUGUGAAAAUACUGUGUGGUUAUAUUACUACCUUAGAAAAAAAAACAAGCAGAAACUCGACAUUUCGAAUGAAGGUCCUUCGUCAAAACUUUAUAAUAUAUGCAUUUCAAACAAAUCACACAUAUAUUAAAGUAUACAUGUCAACUUAGCAAAUACUUAACAGAAAAUACAAUAUACAUGUAUAUCACACAAAUAAGCUAUACGAUUUUCUCAACAAAACAGAUAAGUAGAGACUGUAAAUCGAAUAUUUACAACUGAACGUCAAGAUGCCUUCGGCGAAGCGACUAUAAAAUACUGUAAGGCCUUCGAUUUAAAAAUACAAUUACACAGCAUAUCAAGUAACUAUCCGCAUACAAAUAAGUAAAUACACAAGAGACAUGCCUUUCAAAACAAUCACCAUGUAUUUUAUCAGGUCUUUGGAACUUUAUAAUAGAAAAUUUGAAUAAAACUCUUUUCUCUUUGAAUGUUUCAUGCUCCCAGAGGAUCGAACUUGGCGCUUGGUGUCAACAGAUCGAAUUACAACUAGUGAUGGACGAUACUAUCGAAAAAGUAUCGAAAUCAACGAUACUUACAAAAGUAUCGAUACUUUCGAUACUCGAAAAAAGUAUCGGUAAGUCACUUGAGGCUGCGAUUUUUUUGGUCAGUAUUCCUGACCAAUCGCUUAAUACUUAAUUAAGGCAACAGACUGAAGGCAAAAAAUGUUGACAUGAUGCUGUUCUUUAACAAGAACAUGUAGCUAAUUAGCAAUAUAUUUAAAAAAAAAACAAUGAACACGUCGAUAUUGUUUAGAUUUAAAAUCAUAAUUACAAAUGUUAUGUUCGAUUAUUUGGCAGGUACUCCAGUUAGAGUAUUUUUUGACUUGUUAACAUUGAUGUUCUUGUUUUAAAAGUUUUUUAAUAAAUGGAAAAAUUGAGUAUCGGUAUCGAUUUUGGUAUCGGUACCGGCCAAAAUUCAUGGUAUAGGACUGGUAUCGUAUCGAACCCAAAAAAGCUGGUAUCGCUCAUCACUAAUUACUACAACACGAAUACAUCAAUAUUCAAUACAAGAAUAUAUCAAUAUUCUAAGCAUGUUAAUUGGUUGAAACUCUAGAACUUCCACUUGUCGCAAAUUAUAUUCGGAAGAAUUCAGCAGCAGGACAUCCCAAAAGUUCAAAUUACAGAUUUAGCAGCAAAUCAAAAAUAGACAAAAUUGAUAUACUGAGAGCAAUGACAAUUCAAGUGUCGCUUGCGAUUGAACAAUAAGAAGCCGAUACUGGUAAUAAAGCAAUCCGACUUGGCAACAUUCAAGAAAAAGCGCGUCAACCAGCUAGGUUUUGUGAUGAUUUUACACGAACUACAGGCUUUCACUACGAAUUUGUAUAGCAAAUAUCGCCCUAAUUCAAGGUUGAAGAAACUUGAAUGUAGUGUUUGUCAUUUCUAUGAAUUCCUAUGUGUAAUGGUCGAGUUAUAUUACACAGGCCGAGUAAAAACUAGGCAGAAUAUUGCUCGAUAUUUUUACUCCUACUUUAAUUUACUCCGUUAGUUUGAUUACGAGUUUAAUUUACUCGUUAUUCAGUUUAAGAGUAAAAUUUACUCCUUUAAGUGGAGUUAGAUUGAAACGAGUUAACUGAAAUAACUCGUUGAAAUUUACAGUGUACACUCAAUUAAAUAAAUGACCAAUAAAAAGUUGGUUAUAAGUAAUGUUUACAACAUGAGCGGCCGUGUUGUAUCAGAUAUACUAUACAAACGCGAGCCGAAGGCAAGAGUUUGUAUAUCUGAUACAACACGGACGCGAAUGUUGUAAACAACUCAAAACACGACUCACCUUAUGAGUUCAUUGGCGAAGUAAUUUUAAAAAUAAACGUUGUCUAAGCGGAGAAAAUCAAAGUUAAAGUUUAUGCAAAUCAACAUGAAUCUGUAUCACAUAAACAGAUAGGACACGCUUAUGAUUUUUCUUUGUGUUUUCUUCAUGAUUAUUAAUGAGUUUUUUAAUAACUUUUAUAAAUUGGUCGAAAGAUGACCAUUUUUUUUUUACCUUUAACCUCAUAACCAAAAUUUUGACUAGACAAAAAUUUCAUCACAGCUUGAAAGAGCAUCACAAAAUUAGUAAUAUUCCAUAGUUUCGUUAUAAAAUGUUGUAUAAAAUACGGAUAAUAUAGCCCUGCGAAGUUUGCAAUUUUCAGUCAUUUUAGAUUACAAACGGGAACUUGAUACGCAAAUCGGGUGUUUGGGUAUCAAUUUCCCGUUUGUAAUCUAAAAUGACUGAAAAUUGCAAACUUCGCAAGGCUAUAUUAUCCGCAUUUUACAACAUUUCUCAACGAAACUUCGGAAUAUUACUAAUUGUGUGAUGCUCUUUCAAGCUGUGAUGAAAUUUUUGUCUAGAGCUGUCUAGAUCAAAAUUUUAGUUAUAAGGUUAAAGGUCCAAUGGUUGCAACCUAAAAAAUUGGUAAUUUGAACCAAUCAGUUUUUACAGUGUAUACGUUUAGAAAGGUAAUAUAUGUAUACCUCGUGCCCAGGCUCUUUCCACUACGUUCCUCGCUGCAUCGUCGUUACCAGUGCUUCUCGGCUGCCUGCGUUGCCAUAAGCCCUGGGACAAGCCAAACCGGAACACCACAAAUUCUGAUUUUUUUCCGGAAGUAAACGUGCUCUGCUGCAAGCUAAAAAUGCUGACUAUGCACUAAUUUUUACUGAGGAGUGGAGACGUGUUGAUGAGCAGAAAAUAGUGGAUUUUUCUUUUGUUUCGAUGUAUUUUCCACCAUCAAGGGAAUAUAUACAGACCACCUAAUGGAAUUAUACAAUGGAGCUUAUAUUUCGUUAUAUCAUUAACAUUCGUCAAAAUACAACCAUAUUUCGGUCUCGUAUUACAUGUAUCAAUUUUCAUGUAUGAUAUGUAAACAUGAUCGAGUCGAAAUGUGCAUGCUCGAAGUGGCCGCUGUGAUUCGAAACAUUAUGGGUUCUUGUACAGACGACCUGUUUCAACACGCGCUUGUAAAGUCACUUCAAAAACUGGACAAAGCCGGACUGGAAAUUAAAGAGAAGUAAUGCACCAGUCAAUGUAAAUCCCCGCCCCCCCCCCCAGCCGGGGAGGGGGAGGGGAUUUAGCGGAGAAAGUGGUCAGUUUUUAUGGUAAAUAUGUCCCCGAUGAUGGGGGAAUUGGACAACAUUUUCUCUUUCGGACAGGGGCGGAUCCAGUUCUUGAGGUGACUGAUGCCUAAGACCUCGCAUUUGUAGGGGGGUCCGGGGGUAUCCUCCCCCGGGAAAUUUUGAAAUCUAGGACCUCGGAAAUGCGAUUUGCUGCGUUAUGAGCGAAUUCUUUGUUCCAAUUCAUACAUCAGUGUCACAAAAUUAUUUGCUGCAUUUUUGGAAAGCACGUAAAAAACUUGAACCUAUAUCGUAAAAACAACAUAAUUGCUCAAAAUAAGAAAACAAUAUUUCCUUGUACAAGUGUAAUAGCAGCAGUGGUAUAUAAGUCUCUAUUCAAGAAUAGUCAGUACUGUGCUUCUUGUAGCCUUAACUUUUCUAUUGAAAAAUAUUUCGGCAAGAAAUCACGAGCAACAAAAAUACACACAUGCGUGUAAUAAAGGUGUAUACAGUGUGACCCACUAGUUGCAUUGCUGGACUCAGAAGGCAGUGUUAUUGUGUUGUUUUUUAACCACCUUCCAUUAUUAGUUUCCACUAAUUUCCAAUGUUCCAUGAGUAAAAUCUUCUAGCAUUAGAAUGGUGCAUAAAGGUAUUUUGUGCUCUAGUGGGUAAACUUAUUUAUAUACAACUCCGUCUUAUGCUGCUAAUCUUACUCUGUAUGGACAGUGUGGUUGACAUCAGUUGGUCGAUGUCAUUAAAUUCAUUCACCCCUAGCUUCCUUUGACAUGAACUGCUUGGUGAACAGCCCACACUCUGAAUACUGAGAAUAUUGCCCUGUGACCAGGAAACCAGUAAACUAACACACAACAAGCACUGGGUUUAAAAUUCUAUUAGUAUAACUAGGUAUACACACGACCACAAAUUUUAAAUCAAUAGAGACUGUGUGUAAAUUGAUUUAAUGAACUAUCUUAGUUGGAAAUUGUUUGUCAAAUGAACCUACCAAACUGUACAAUCAUUAUGAUAAACAAUAUACCAUGACAUAAUUGAAUCAUGUCUUCUAUCUGUCCCCUUUUGCCUGCCUGUCAACUAGUAUUAAUAUAGUAUUCUUUUAAGAUGUUGUCAAUGUAGAAAGGCUGCACAGUAGUAUUGAUGAAUAUUUUCCCUACAGGUGUUAUUAUAUAAAUACAAAUCUUUGUCAAAUAUAUCCAUACACUUAUGAAUGGUAAUCCUCAGGGUAUAUAGUAUUGGGACAAUUAGCACUACAAAUAUAUAAUUUAAUUAAAUAUAUUUUCCAAACUAUCCCACUUUUGUGAGCAAAUUUCAUAAUUAUAUCCUAUAUACACCAGUUACAGUUACAUACAGUAUUUAUACCGUCCAUCAUUUUAUCAUUCUAAGAUUAAAAUCUGUCAGGAGAAUGACAUAUACAGCUUAUAUCAAAUUAUAUUUGCACAGACAAAGCAUAUAUACUCAAUUAUGGUAGGCGAGCAAGCCCAGGUAAUCAUUUUUGUUUGCAAAAUAUCCAGUGAACAGUAAUUGCCCAAUAACUAAGGCAAUGCAAAGCAAUUAGACUCUUGUCAUGAGGCAUGCCAGCUCAUUUCCAUAUAAAAUGAAAAUGAAAUAUAAUAGGAGAUACCACUGGAACUUGCAACUUGAACCAAUUACCUUUCAAUGUAAACUCCCCCUUAGUCUUCUAACCAAUAUUGCAUCACUAUUAGAAAUCUCAUUGAUAUUAACCUGCAAUAUUAUUAUGCACUGUAAUUACAUACAGAGCCUGAUGCAAGUCUUGACCCACACCAUAGUUUUAUUUUUAGUACCGGUAUCCAAUCAAAAUGUGCCAGGAGAAAUGUCGAUUUCACAUAAUUUAACAACAAGCUAAAUAUAGUUACAAUCACUAAAUCUAUAAUUAUUUAAUUAUGUAUAGCAUUAAUUAACCAAAAUAUCAAAAAAAUACAUUAAAUAUGGCAUGAAUACUCAUGCUAGAAAUAGCCAAUCAGAGUUACAACCAUAAAGGCAGUUGUAGGACACAAACGUUUAAUAACAUGUGUAUCAGGUCUUCAUUUUUCUUUGCCCGCCAGCUGUAAGAAAAAUGAAGGUCUGGGCACAGGUUAUAAUCCCAUGUAAACAGAGAUGAAAUUUGCCUCACUAAAGCAAGCUGUCAAGUUUGGUAUUGGGGCUGGUUUGCCUCCAGACAAGCAAACCUCUCUUACUCGGUAAAGACUGUAAAAUGUCAAACUACCUCAUCCCCCCCCCCUGCUGGUAUAAGCAAUAGUAUUUAUAAAUAGACACAAACUUUAAUUAUUAUGUUAAUACAAACAAAUCUGCAUUAACUGUGGAGCCCAUUUUCCACUUUAUACACUUCUUGAACUGAACAAUGAACUACAAUGUAAAAUAUAGAUAAAUUUCACUUACUUUAGAGCCCUCAGUUCGAGUUUCACAUAGUGGGCAUCUCACAGUAUAAAUAUACUUCAAUUCUUGUACUCAGAUGAAAGAUUAGAUUCAUUCCAAGCCUUGGUAAUUAAUUCGGUAAUUUGUUCUCCGUUUUCUCCGUCAAUAUCGAGAGAUAUUUCUUCCCAUUAUUUGUCUCAUAACCAUUUGCAUAUAGUGUUUGCAUAUCCUUGCCGACAUGCGAUGACUUGAAUCUAAUGCCUCGUUACGUCACAGUAGAUUUUGAUUUUGCAAUUUGCAUCAGUGAACUGAUGCGAGCGCCCGCAAUCUGCAUGCGAUGCAUCGCUCAGCGGACAAAUCUACCGUGACGUAGGGCUCUAAAACAAUAGAUUUGAUGAUGUCACAGUAGAUUUCACGCGGAAAAGGACUCGGGACCGAUGCAUUCACUGAUGCAAAAUGGCUGAAAAUCGAUGCAAACCAAAUCUACCGUGACGUAGGUGAUGCAUCAGCUUUCUACUGUGACGUCAAAGGAUGCGGUAAAAAUAACAUAUUUUGUCGCGAAAUUAUUGACGCUUAAGAGGCUGUCUCCGUAAAAACCUCCAGGUCAGUAUGGGGCUCAAAAAUAGAUUUCUUUCAUACUCUAGUAUUUUGAAGAUCUAUCCUUGGGAACAACUAAAAUCGAUGUCAUUUUACUCAAAUUUCCUUUAAAUUAUUUUUGGGGGCGAUUGAUGUUCGAUCGACUGGUAACCAACUUGAUACUCCGAAUGAAGGCCAAUAUCGACAUAUUUUCAGCGCUAUUUUUUAAAUCAAAUUCAUACCUAAAUUUCAAAAUUUUUGCUCAGAAAUAUAGACUUAUCCUUCUAUUUUCGCGGGUGAUAUGACUUAGUUCAUUAUUCUUUGGUAUAAAAUAGAAAACAGCUCAGUUAUUGACCCUCCUGAACGGAUAAAGGAUAUCGUCUCAAAAUAUGUCAAAUGCGAAAGCUUAUUUCAAAAUCGUGGCACUUGAUUGGCACAUGACUUUAACUUUUCUAUAAACUACUAACAUUAGUCAACACAAAUCGCCAAUAAUAUCUUUCUGUUCUACCAUUUGACAAAAAUGACAAGCGCGCAAACUUUGUAAAAUUUGAAAAUGUGUCGAAAUCGAGCAUACUUUAUCGGUAAACAUAAUUCUUGAUAUUAACAAAUAAAACCACCUUACACUACACUGAAUGAAGCUUGAUUAUGUAAAUAUAUGUAUUUCAUCAUUAUUCUUUGGUUUUGCACUCGAAUGAAAUUGUUUGACUGUACAGUUUGGCUUCAAGGAUAGUCAUUCAAUGCCAGUGUGUCCUGCAGUGUGUUCGAAUUCUGCGCGCCUCAAUGCCAUGACGGCAUCAGUCCUGAUUGUGACAUACGAACUUCGCUCUGUUCGCUUUGUUUACCUCCUGUAAAUAAAAUGUCUCAAAGAAAUUAGAAAAUUCAGAAUUAGUCAUACUACAAACAUAACUUUCAUUGGUUUGUUUACCUUAAACUGUUAUAUAAAGUUUCGUUUUAUAGAAUGUACGAAUUAAUCUCGGGGAAAACUCCUAACCAAAAGAAAUGUACUCGCUGAGCGUAAACAUGUCAAUCAAAUGACGAUGAAAUGUUUCGUUGCUCUCUGAUUUCCCUUUCUUUGUAUUGAAUUAAAUAGUAGUCUUAGACAGUAUUGCACGAGGUUUUUGUGUUUACAAUAAUGCUGUUCUACUUCUACUACAGCCGCAACUUGUGAUCACGCAACGUUAGGUAAACCUAAACGAUUUCGACAGACAGUAGAUUUUAUGUUGGCAGAUGAGAAUGACGGUAAGCAAUAAUGUAGAAAUGUUCCCUUUCUACUUUUGAGUGUGGAAACUUCCGAGACACAGUAGACUGUUCUUCGAAGUUGCUGGCGUGUAAGAAUGACAUUAGUUAUCACUUGCAAAUUUGUCACCCUUUAAAGCUUGUCGGAAACCUUUCUAAUUGUUAAGCCUGGUUCACAUAAAAUCGUUAAGCAGUCGCAGACAUGUGCCGAAUUUUUAUAUGAACGAUCUGCGACGGAUCGGGAAAGUUGAACCAAGUUCAACUUUCCCGAUCCGUCGCCGAUCCGGUCUCAGACAGUCUGCGCGAAUCUGCAUUUGUGUUCAUAUAAAAAUUCGGCACAUGUCUGCGACUGCUUAACGAUUUUAUGUGAACCAGGCUUUACUGAAAAAAGGAAUAACAUUGAUUAAAUAACUGAGACGUUCAAAUGGGUUACAGCUGUUUGCGCUGAAUUGUUUUGUAUUAUAUCAAAAUAUUCGCAUAUUUUUAUACAAUAAGAAAUAAUAUAAAUUCUUGAAGCAUAGCCUUGAGCAAAGGGACCAGGGUCGGCCUGAAAAAGUUGAUUUUUUAUACAGAACCGUGACUUACUUGAAUUCUAAUUUCAUUGAUAAUUGUUUCUAAACCUAGAGACAAUUCAGUUGCUAGAAAACUAUACUGAGCGAAACUAACGAAAUAUUGACAUUUGACAUCACAGCGAGUAUACAUUUCUGAUUUCUUUCGGCCAGGGCCCGGGGUUUUCCCCGAGAUUUAAUUCGUACAUUCUAACGAAAACAGUAUAAAACAGUUUAAAAACGAUGAAAAUUCUGUCUGUAGUAUGACUAAUUCUGAGUUUUCCAAUUUCAUUGAACAUUGUUAUUUGUUAAACAGGUAAAGGUAUUUGUUAAAGAGGUAAACAAAGCGAACAGAGCGAAGAUUGUAUAGUAUGUCACAAUCAGGACUCGUGGCAUUGAGGCGCGCAGAAGACACUGGACACACUGGCAUUGAAUGACUCUAUCCGUGAAGCCAAACUGUACUCAAACAAUUUGAUUCAAGCGCCAAACCAAAGAAUAAUGAUGAAAGACAUAUAUUUACAUAAUCAAGCUUCAUUCAGUGUAGUGUAAGGUGAUUUUAUCUGUUAAUAUCAAGAAUUAUGUUUACCGAAAAAGUAUGCUCGAUUUCGACACAUUUUCAAAUUUUACAAAGUUUGCGCGCUUGUCAUUUUUGUCAAAUGGUAGAACAGAAAGAUAUUAUUGGCGAUUUGUGUUGACUAAUGUUAGUAGUUUAUAGAAAAGUUAAAGUCAUGUGCCAAUCAAGUGCCACGAUUUUGAAAUAAGCUUUCGAAGUUGGCACAUUUUGAGACGAUAUCCUUUAUCUGUUCAGGAGGGUCAAUAACUGCGCUGUUUUCUAUUUUAUACCAAAGAAUAAUGAUCUAAGUCAUAUCACCCGCGAAAAUAGAAGAAUAAGUCUAUAUUUCUGAGCAAAAAUAUUGAAAUUUAGGUAUGAAUUUGAUUUAAAAAAUAGCGCUGAAAAUAUGUCGAUAUUUGGCCUUCAUUCGGAGUAUCAAGUUGGUUACCAGUCGAUCGAACAUCAAUCGCCCCCAAAAAUAAUUUAAAGGAAAUUUGAGUAAAAUGACAUCGAUUUUAGUUGUUCCCAAGGAUAGAUCUUCAAAAUACUAGAGUAUGAGAGAAAUCUAUUUUUGAGCCCCAUAUUGACCUGGAGGUUUUUACGGAGACAGCCUCUUAAGUGUCGCAAAAUAAAAAGUAAAUAACAAAAAGUACACAUUUGCGAUCGCACGUCGCAUAUUGGACUUAUUUUGACAAUUUCGACUGUUAUUGAGACUAUUUAAAUUGGAUUUCAUCCUAAAUAGUGUAUUCCUGACAUGGAGUCAAGAGUUUAAGCAAAUAUUUGCGGUUUGAUAGCUGGAGAGAUUCAAAGAUAUUCUAUUACUGAGUGCUUGACCAAGUAUAAUAUAUGUCAUAUGUCUAUAUAUUAUUUCAAGCAACAUGAUUUCUCAAUUUUGACCGAUGCAUUCGCAUCGUUGGCAUCGGUCUGGAUCCGCCCCUGCUUUCGGUAGACGAUGCGGGGAAGAAAGGGGGGGAAUGGAUUCAGUGGUUAACAUAUAUACCCUGUGUUGCUGUUUUAGUUUUCUUUACAAGAAAAUUUUAAAUACAAUAACAUAUAUGAAUUUGAUUUUCUAUUGCUGAUCUAUGAAAUAUAUACAAAACUAUUUUCUGUGGUUUGAGAGACAUACGGGGACACUGAUUAAUUACGCUUUCUCCGGGGGCGGGGACAAAUUAUUCGCUCUUUUACUACCCCUCUAAGUCAAAAUCCAGCCCCUCCCAGGUUGGGGAGGGCGGGGGUUUGCAUUGACUGGUGCAUAAUUCGAAGCUUUAUCGUCUAUCGUAUGUAUAUAAAAGGAACGAGAACGACAUGUGACAUGUCUAAACGGCGGUGUGUUUACUGGGUUACAACAACGGCAAUAACUAUGAAUCACCUAACAUUUCAAGAAAAUAUAAAUUAUAGAUAGAUGUCAUGCAUGACCCCAUGAGUUUUGGAUUUGAAUUGCUAGAUUUAAAUCUAUAUUAUGUAUACAAAAUCAUGCGUGCGUAAAUUUGAGCAAAAGCACAAGGUGUUUGUUUGGCCAUAUGCCCAUCAUGUAGUAUGAAUAUUGAACACCGUGUUAUAUAGCACGUUUAAAACGUUAUUUCUAUGCCGGAUAAUCUUGAAUCCUUCACCGAUUACAUGCGUGGCAAAUGACGAAAAAUAAUUAUGUAAAAUAAUUAACCUAAUAUGUCUUUGGCCAUGAAUAUAACUCACUAUGCUGCUUUAUACAUCUGACAGUCAAAACUAUGUGCAUGACUGUAUGGCCCAAUGUAUGUUAAUUGUUUCAAGGAGAUUUUUGUGUUUAGAUUAAAGUAUAACAAUAUUUUCUGCAUUCCAAUAUAUUUUCUACAUUCAAGUGCACAUUCUGUUUCAGAUAGGGGCCAAAUCAUUUGAGGCCAAAUGGGAUAGCCAAUGAUUGGAGGGUAGUGUUAGCAAAUUUGACUCCCUUACAUAAUGUCAAGUUAUCACUGGUCAAUUUUUAAAUUUCUUACAAUUUCACAUCAGGGAGUUCAUUGCCCCCCCCCCCCAAUUUUCCAGAAGUGUGACUAAGCGUUUUCUAGUAUUUAUCCAGGUGUCCAAUCUAAACCUCCACCACAACAGGAUGUAUACCCGAGUGAUGGUAAGGGAGGUGGGGGUUAAAAUUCUGAUUUAUCAAUAUAUUACUACACAUUUCCACAUUAAAAAUAUGAAAAGUUUUCCAGUUCAAUAUAUCUGUAGCAGGAGUCUUAAACCAGAAUUUCAGAAUACAAAGCAACUUUUAUGUCAUUUUUGUAAUGGUUUGUUUAAAAUCAAAUUUUAUACAGACAUUGUGGAGUGUCUCCUGACUAAAAGCCUGCAUAUACAUAUACAAAUUUUUAGUUUUGCCAAUAAUAAUAGUUUAUUUUAUAAUUUAAAUUCUUACAAGAUUUGCAAUAAGUCAACAGAAUAAGUAUUCGAUUCUGAACUGUUGACAGGAAACAGUAUAAAUUCAUGAUCUCUUCCAAUAUGACACAAGAAUUCGAGACCUCCACCUCGGGCAUACCAGGGGCAUUCACUUAAUUUGGUGUAUGAAAUUCAGUGAAGUCCCCUGCAGCCAGGACAAAAUGGCAAGGUAAAUCUCUUCGGUCCUAUCAUCCCCAGGUAUUCAAUUGGAAUUUUUACUUAAAAUUUCCCAAACCAUUCCUUUACUGUUCUGUAAAAGCCUUUCAUAGCCGACUGUUUUAUUUGAGCGUUCAUAUAAAAGACUAAACCUUUCCUAGCCCACUGUUUUAUUUCAGCAUUUAUAUAGCCGACUGCUUUAUUUCAACAUUUAUAUAAAAGACUAAGUGACCCUCUCCCCCAUGACCUCAUUCAUUCCUCGACUUGGACACUGAAAGUAAGUGUCUUCCGUGUUCGCCAAGAAAUGAGAAACCAGUGAAUAAGAGGCGAUUGUCCUUGCAUUCCCCUCUGGUAUGCCAAAGGUGCAGGAAUUCAAAAGACUGCAUUGUGCAAUUGAAUAUGCUUAUAAGCUUAUUCACUGUAUUUAAUUAAAAGCUAUUAAAAUUCAUCACUAAUAAUACAACUGAGAAAAUUCAGAAAUAGUAAAAUACACCUAUAAUAUUCUAUAUGCUAAAUUUAAAAUUUCCAAUUGGCCAUUUUAAUAUAGGGCCAUUUUAAUAUAGGCGGGUAAUAGGCCAAGUGACCAAUACCAAAAGCAUAAUAAUUAAUAAAACACAAUAUAUUACACCAUUAAAACUUUACUAUCGUAAAUAUAUAUUAUUAAACAUUUUACAUUUACAGUGUGCUUAAAAUUUUACAAUUAUACUUGAGCACAAUGUUUUAAUAAUAGGCAACAACUUUAUAACAAGAAAAUGUUAAAAUGAAGAAACUUUUUAAUGGCUUCAUAAUUGACGUUUCUUCGAUAUUGUUGCUUACUUCUACUUAAUAAUUGUCCAUUUUGUUAUUUUUUUUUCUGUCUGCAAAUUAUCUCCAUUAAUCCAUAGAAAACAAGCAAUAUACCGUAUAUGUUUGUAUUUCUUCGUAUUUCGAACGCGCACUCCUUGAAGGCAGCCAUAUAAACCCAAUAUAAACAUCCACUUGAUGAAUAAACUCUUCAUACUUCAAUCUAUUUCCAACGACCAAUCAAAUCACUUCUGCUUCGGCUUGUCCCAUGGCUUACAGCAACGCAGGCAGCCGAGAAGCCCUGGGAACGAGGAUGUCCUCGCUGGAGAAAAGGCUCGGGCAAUAGUUGGUCACGUGGCUCCCAGAUUCUGCGUGCUAAUUUGAAAGUGUACUUAGGGAGGCUUGGUAGAGGAGUGCGCUUCUUGCGCUUGGAAAAUUACAACUUAUGUGUUAUAGUUUCGGGCGAUAAAAUUUAAAUUUGCAACAAGAAAUCCUGAAAUAUUUUGUAUUUAUUUAUUGUCAUACGUAUUCCUCUAUAUCAUGGAGUGUUGGGUUACAUUAGUCAAACGAGAAGUUGUAGCAGAUUUCAGUGGACGUCGAUCAUAGUUUGGCAACGAAAGCACUUUAUAAGCACGCUUCGCUCAGUUCGCUGUAAAAAUCUUCCGGACCGAAGAUUCUUUCUGUUGUCAGUAUUGAGAUAUACCUGUCUGAUACGUAAACCCAACGGAUGUUCCUUAUGUACAAAUGUGGGAUUGCUAUAAAAUAGCAAGAUGUUGGCGGGCCAACUGUGUGUAAAUUCUAAACAGUAAACAAUAAACAUGCUCUCCCGACUGUGAAAUGCCGGUCAAAUACUAUGAUAUAUAACGUUUUGGCAUCGCUGACACCCUAUGAUCAAGAAUGAAGUUGAGGUAUACAUGCAGUUCUCUGUUCAAACAUAUGGUAAAGUCAUCCGAAGCAGGAAAAGGCAAAGACUCCUCGUUUGCGUGCGGAACAAUUCAAUGAAUAUUUAAAUAUACACAAGACAAAAUAUAGUGUUCUAUAAUAUGCGUACAUACAAUUAUUUGAUAUUUAUUACAGUAAUACACCAGGCACAUUAUAAAUAUUAUAUAGAGCUUUCAUUGCCAGCUUGAUCUAUUCUACAUUUUAUUUUGUCAUGGAAUAGCAUGAGAUCCAGCUUGUAUUUUUAAAAUAACGACACGCUGCUUAUCUGUGUCUGUGAGACAUCAAAUAAUUAUAUAAGUAUAUAGCCUAUCGUCUUUACAUUUAGCGUCCAACUAUGCCGCACUAGAGAGACACAGCUUAUCAAUAUAUCAAUAGAAACUUUAGAAUGCUUACAGAAUCUCAUAAAGUAUAGAAGUAAUGAUAUGUCUGUGCGAAGCAUUAUGCGUAUUAGCGUAUAUAGAUAGAGUUUAUGAAUUAUGUACACAAUUAUGGUAUAAAGUGUCACUACAUUUUGUCAGGGAUGCACAUAGAAACUUUUCUAAACCUUAUGUGCUAUUAUUCGCGAGGCAAUGUAGGCUAUAAAAGGCGGGGUAAAGGGCUAUGUAAUUACAUAAAAUAUACUGUGCAAUAUUUAAUUGCCUUCAUAUUCUCAACAACAUACUCUUGCAGACAAAAAAGGAAAACCAUUUGUCUUAUAAUCUGUACUGUAGAUUCUCUAGCAAUCUUUGUACCUUAUAUACUCUCUUGCCUACAAUACGCAGCGUUUAAUAUAAACUAUCACUAUUUAUUAAAAAAAUCAGUAGCAUAAAAUGGACAUCAAUGUGACAAUGUCAUUUGAGUAUCCUGCUAGUGUUCAAAUGUGUAACCUUUGCCGAAAGACCUCCAAGGCACCACGACAUAUUAAUAUUAUGCAGGCACUCUCGAGACCUCUGUUCAAAUUAACAUGUAAAUCGAUGCAAAGUUUACUGUAUACCUUUUCCAAAUAACAACAAUAGAGUGACAUAUUAUAAGAUUGUAAAUAUGUGAACCAGAGCAGAAACAAGACAGAGCAGCCAAACGUGUGAAAUAAAAGUGCCUUUAGCAUAUACUUAUAAUUUAAGAGCAAACUUAGCCAAGAAAUUAAAUUUAGCAAGAAUUUUGCCUUAUAUGUGAUUCUCAAAGUUGAUUGUAUAGAACACUUACUCCUAGCGAUCGAAAUGUAGAGUGCGGAAGUGGAAGCAUGUAAUAUGAUACUUUCCCCACACCUCCUUAGACAAUCAAUUUUCUGGUAAGCCAAGUGACCAGCGAUUGCCAGGGUCUUUCCUACUAAAUAAGGAAGAGCCUGGGAACGAUGUUGCGCGCAUAUAAGACGAUGAUAUUUGCUAGUUGGUGAAGGUUAAAGCAAUUUGAUACGUCGCUUAGAUGACAUAAUACUGUAUAUUGAACCUCCACAAAUCCAUUAUAGACGACAUAAUAUAUAUAUAUUAAACCUCCAGAUAUCCAAUAUCCAAACUGAUUUUAAAAUUUAAUACCGUCUAAUUUAGUACAUGAAUGGUUCUGAAAUCUUACUACUUUUUCCGAAAUAUUCGUUGUUUCCAUGCCUGGAUAUUAGGGGAACAAACUGUUACGCAAAAAUAACUUAAUUAAAGCUAACGUACUCGUGAACAAGUACUUACCAACACCAAAUUCAGCGUUUUUAAUUUUUAAAGAAUAAUAGUUACAAUAAAAUGAGCACCUUUUAGUAGACAGAAACUAAUUUUUUACACACCACCCUUUUAAACGUUAACAAAACAGCUAAAUACUAGAAUGAGGAAAGUAAUUAUGAAAAUUCUAAAAAUACGCCUUUUUGCAACUAAUGACGUCAUAAUUGAUUGUCUUGAAAUUAGUCACCAAAGGCGAGGUGAUUGACUAGUUGAUUGGUAAAUCGACUAUUUAUCAGCGGACUAGUAAAUGAUGCUUUUCAAUAAAAACGAUCGGCAAAUUUGAUUUCAAAAUCGAUGAAAUAUUGGAAACAAUUGUCCCCAGAAAAUGAAAAGGAAGCACAAAAUGUUGUAUUUAAUUUGUAAGGUGGGGUUCCUUUUAUAUUUACCUGUGCCAAACAUAUAUUCACGAACAACUUAAAAUUUAUUUAAAACUCAUUCAAACAAAUUGCAAAAACUUACCCGACUGUCGGGAAAACCUUUCCCAAAAAAUAUAUGAAAAAAAUUAUAUUAUUAAUAUUAUAUUAUUAUUAGUAUAGGUAAUCAUACGAUGGCGAGUACAAUUAGGGAUUAAUAGUACGAGGGAUGUUUGGAAAUUUUGCCAAAAUUGGCAAACUUCCAAACAUCACGAGCACUAUUAAUCCCUAAUUGUACGAGCAACAUCGCAUGAUUAUUUGUUUAUUAUUAGCAUGACAAAAUUGGAUACGUACUUCCCAAUGUCAACAUCGUAUUCUCUCGCCAAAGCCCAUCAGUCCUGCCAGACUUUCAACCAAAAUUUGGUGCUUUUGUUUGUAUUUUCAUCUAGUUCCUCCACGACAAUUUCAUUUCGAAAUCGUGUUUAAAAUACCUUUCCGCCAUUUUGUUUGUUUUGAGAAAAGCAUUAAUUGUACUGCAGUACAAUUAAUGAACUAAUUGUACUCCUCUCAACCAAUCAGCAUCCAGUAAUUCUGUCAUGCUAGUAAUAAAUGUUAUUAUUAAUAUUGAAAGUCUACUGCGAUAUUAGUAACAUUUAUCAUGUGAUUAAUUAAAUUAAUAAAAAUUUCUUUAAAGAUCAUUUAUGUUCUCUCUCUCUCUCUCUCUCUCUCUCUCUCUCUCUCUCUCUCUCUCUCUCUCUCUCUCUCUCUCUCUCUCUCUCUCUCUCUCUCUCUAAUAAGCCAAGAUAAAUAUUGCUGGGCCAUCUUCACUUACAAUUCGAAGAAUGAAUGAGGACAAUGAUUAUAGCAAGGGCAAUGAAAUGAAGGUAUAUUAUGUAUGUUUGCCGAUCGACAACUUAUAAUAAUUUUGUUAUUACUGUAUGCACUAUAUGAUGGAAAGUACAGUAUUGAAGUGUGAAAAGUGCAGUACGUAGUGAAACCGACAAGGUGCAAAGUACAAAGUACAAUACAAAGUACAGUACUGAAAUGCUAUUAUUGAAAUCGUAUUCCUGUCUACUUACGCAUGUUAAAAGCAUAAUAAGGUCUGGGUAUAAUCACAAAAGGCUUAAUUAAUACUGAGCUGAAUCUAAAAUUGACAAGUAUUGUUCACUAGUUUUUUUAUAGAUUAUAAUUAUUUAGUCAUAAACAGAACCAAUUCAUCAGAAUCCCAGUGAAAAGAGCGUGCACGUAUUGUGGUUGAAUCAAGAAUUUUGAAGAUAUUUUAAAGCCUAGAGGUCAGUACUCGGCGACAGUACGGUCGCAUUUCAAUUACUUUCUUGCAUGGAAAAAAAAUUAAAGGAAUCAUUUCAAAAUAUUUUAUGGUAAAAUAGCGUGAUGUCUAGUACUGAUAUGUAUAAAAUUUGGUUAUUUUAUUUGGCUCCAUUGCUCGCGUUCAUUAAGCCCGUAAUGCUUGCAAAGUAUGCUAAGUGGAUAAUAUUGAACAAAUUUUAAAAAGUUCUACUUUACGAUAUUACAAGAAGUGCCAGAUUAAUCACAUGCCAGAAGCGGUAUAUGCCUCUUGGCCCGCGCUUUCGGGGCCCCGCCCUUACUCUUUUCGACUUUUUUUAUUCCCUAUUUUGGCGCAUGCAUUGCCAAAACAAGCAUAAUGCUAAGCAGAUACAUACUUUUGGAUUAUUACCUGCUUUAAAGUUUUAGUAUUACCAUAUAUCAUAUUAAACAAUAUGUAUAGCUGUCACCUAGUCAUAUAGGAUAUUAUUACUGCUGAUUGUGCAACGCGCUGUUUGGGUUGAGUUAAUAAGCUGCUGGGUUGAGUUUUUGUUCAAAGUAUUGAAUCAUUUUAAAUACGAAAUCUGCUGUGUUGGUGUAAUGUACUCAGGUGAAUAAAUAUACAAAUAUACCCUCCAUGCAAAUAUACAAUUGUUAUCGCACUACUGCAACGUAGCUUAUCACACAAUCCUCUUCGUAGUUCUAUAGAUAAUAAUUAUUGUCGAGAUGACUUUAGCUUGGACUACCUUGGUGUUGUUGUUCACAUUGGCUGUUGCUGCAAAACAGGUAUACCGCAUUUGAAAACACUUCUUCUCAAUGAAAUAAUGUCUACAAUGAAGUAGAAGCAGUAGUUAUGCAAAUAUCUGCAUUUGUAGUUGUAGGUUUUUAUCAUUUGUAAUUAAUGCAGAACAAUAUUUAGAAUAAAUAACCGAUGAGGCUUAGCUCAUUUUUCUCUGCCAAGCCAAAUCAAAUUAAAUGUUCCAUUUAUCUUUCUUUUAGCCGAAGUGUUCCUCGGUCUUCUAUGGUAUCCCGGGAAUACCUGGCGUUCCUGGUUCGCCUGGAAGACAUGGAUUGCCUGGCGCAAAGGGAGACGUUGGUUCUACAGGUCAUGUUGGGGCUAAGGGUGCUCCUGGAAAGAAAGGGGCGGCAGGAUCGGACAGUGAUUUGUAUUCUAACUGGAAGCAAUGUGCUUGGAAUCGGGUAGAUGGCAAAGAUAACGGGUUGAUACAGGUUUGUUAUAACCUGAAAUUAAGUACUAGAAUGCAUGAGUAAAGCACGAGCCCUCAACCGUUCAGUGUCGCGGGUAUUACAGCGUGUAUACAACUAAGAUUUUUGGUAUGCAUGAAUUAUACGGUAGAGCUUAUAAAUAUGCAAAGCUUCAGUUCUUCACAGAUUUUUAAAAAAAAUUUUAUACCCAAAUUAAAGCCUUGGGAAACUUUUGUUGAUUGUUAAUCUUUCCCUAAUUGAAAAGUUUGUUUUCAUUGAUUGGGAAUUUUUUCCGGCAAGGAAUGUCUGUUCAACAAGAAGCACAUUGAUUCUUCACUGAAAGUCUUCUAUGGUGGCAAUUUACGUAUAUACAACUGUGAUGCUUGUUGCAAACGUUGGUAUUUCACAUUCAAUGGAGCCGAGUGCAAGAAACCAUUAGCUAUUGAUGGUGUUUUUUACCUGGCAAAGGGAGCAGGACAACAUGAAAAUCUUCAUCGCCACCGUCACAUUGAGGGAUACUGCAAUGAAAUUCCCAAAGGUAUUGUCCGUGUUGGCUUCUGUGUAGGAAAUUGCAAGGGUUAUGGAAAUGCUGAUGCGGACUCUGGUUGGAACUCGAUAUCUCGCAUUGUGAUUGACGAAGUUCCAUCACCACAAGCUUAA